AUGUCCAACGUAAGCUAUGUCAGUGAGUUCCUCCUGAUGGAAUUCACAAACAUGAGGCAGCUGCAGCUGCUGCACUUCUGCCUCUCCCUGGCCACCUACCUGGCUGCCCUCUUGAGCAACAGCCUCAUCAUCGCCACCAUUGCCUGGGACCACCACCUGCACACCCCCAUGUACUUCUUCCUCAUGAACCUUUCUCUCCUAGACCUUGGCUCCAUCUCUACCACCAUCCCCAAAUCCAUGGUCAAUUCCCUGAGGGACACCAGGGACAUCUCUUACACAGGAUGUGUUCUUCAGGUCUUCUUUUUAGUAUUCCUCCUUGCUGCAGAGUAUUUUCUCCUCAUCAUCAUGGCCUAUGACCGCUACGUUGCCAUCUGCAGACCCCUGCACUAUGAGACCCUCCUGGGCAGCAGAGCUUGUGCCCACCUGGCAGCAGCUGCCUGGGCCUCUGCAGGUCUCUAUGCUCUGCUGCACACAGCCAAUACAUUUUCCCUGCCCCUCUGCCAGGGCAAUGCUGUGCACCAGUUCUUCUGUGAGAUCCCCCAGCUCCUCAAGCUCUCCUGCUCCAGAACCUACCUCAGGGAGGUUUGGCUCAUUGUGGUCAGUGCCUGUUUAUUAUUUGGCUGCUUUGUGUUCAUUGUGGUGUCCUAUGUGCAGAUCUUCAGGGCAGUGCUGAGGAUGCCCUCUGAGCAGGGACGCCACAAAGCCUUUGCCACCUGCCUCCCUCACCUGGCUGUGGUCUCCUUGUUUAUCAGCACUGUCAUCCUUGCCUAUAUGAAGCCCCCUUCCAUCUCCUCCAAGUCGCUGGAUCUGGUGCUUGCAGUUCUGUACUCAGUGGUGCCUCCAGCAGUGAACCCUCUCAUCUACAGCCUGAGGAACCAGGAGCUGAAGGCUGCCCUGAGCAAGCUGCUCACUGGAUGCUUUCAGAAGCAAUAAAUUGUUUCUCUUCUCCUGCAGAGCAGCUCUGAUGUCUCUCAGUGCACUCUGCCUUCUGCAUUCUUUUGGUGGUGGUGGUGGAUUUCCACUUUACAAUACUGUGAUGCCCUUCCCAAUCCUCUCUUUGCUUUGUUUUCUGGCCAAGAGUUUGUG